AUGAGCGGCAGCGGCGUGGAGUGGGAGGUGCUGGUGCCUUCGCUGGUGGGAGUCACGCCUGCUAGCGCCCUCCUCGCCGCCACCGCUGCUGCAGGCGCGUUGGGGCUAGGCUUCGCACUGUUCAUCGCCGUAGGGGUGCUGUUCCAGCCUCGGUGGAUUAUCACCUGGGUGCGGCAGAACCAGCCACACAUACUCUUCGAACACGUCACCAAAGAUCGUCUGGUUGCUCUGACGAUCGAUGAUGGGCCGAACGGAGACACGACCCACGAGCUGCUGGAUAUUCUCAAGGAGCACGGGUGCACGGCCACGUUCUUCGUGAUCGGAUCCAACAUUGACCGAUACCCCGGCAUCGUGGAUCGCAUGCAUGCAGAAGGCCACGAGAUGGGCAACCACAUGACAGAGGACGAGCCCAGCUGGCGCCUGUCAGCUGGCGACUUUGAGUCGUCGCUGCUGGCGGUGGAUGCCAAGCUCCACCGCUACUUCCGCAGGGAUCCUGGAGGCAACCCUGUCAAGUGGUUCAGACCGGGCCAUGGGUGGUACACCAAGCGAAUGCGGCAGCAGGCGCAGAGGCACGGGUACAACGUGGCUCUGGGCUCUGUGUUUCCCAUGGAUCCGCUUUUCAAGGACAGCAGCCGCCCUCUUGCUGCCUACUGUCUCUCAAAGGUGUACCCAGGUGCUAUUAUUAUCCUGCAUGACCGUCCCCAGCAGGGCACACAAACCGUUGAGAUUCUACGGAUGAUGCUACCAGAGCUGCGACGGCAGGGGGAUGGCGCGGCACGGGUGUUGUGGACGAAGAGAGUUCUGGCAUCAGCGCAGCGCAAAGCCAGCUCCCCGUUCUCAUACAAGCAACCGGAGUUGAAGAUCGAUACCAUGGAUUGGGUGGUGAAGCACGCGCGACUGGGCGGCGACCCGUUGAACGGCUUCGACGUGUUUCUGACGGGCGUGCUCACCGUCAACGCGCUCAUUUUUAACCCCAACGCGUACGGGCUGAAGAUCAACGCGAUAUAUGUGCACGCGGAGUACAACAACACGUUUCUCGGCAACUCCAAGCUCCCCCCCAUGAACGUGUACCCGUUAAAGUCGUCCCCAGUAAAAGCCCCCUUCAACCUGGUGAAUAUCCCUAUGAAGAAAGGAUGGCACAUAUACCAGAAAGGGGAUGUGCUUGCAACGAAGAUCGACAUCCAGGGAUUUGGAAGAUUCACAGGCUUCGGAAUCAAAAGUCCUGUGAUGCAGGUCAGGACCACAUGUUAUGUUAUGUACGUGCUUAAAGGUGGGAAGAUUAUUUCUCAAACAUGCAACAGCCCAGACUUCGAUCUUGGUUGGUUUGGGAAUUCGAAGCUGGGCACAGGGCCAAGAGUAGAGUGGAUUCGUGUGACUGACAGUUUGACCAACACGUACUUACAGGCGCGACCAUUCCAACUCAGACACUUCCAAGCCCAGUAUACUGAACCCACCACCAUGGCUCGCGUAAACCGUUCAUGCGUAGCAGCACUUUUUGCGUGCGUUCUUCUCGUCGUCGCCGCAUCAUGCGCUCUCGCCGCCCCUUCGAAACCCAAAGUCCCCAGUCUCCCGUCCAUGCCCAAUAUCACCGCCAUUCCAUUUCCCGGCAUUCGAAGAUGUCUGCUCACGUCCAGCCUCAGCUCCAGGAACGUGCUCAGUGCGAGCUUGGGAGGAGACUCGCUCGCCAGAGGCAACUUCCGCGCCUUGGUCUACCAACAGGGCAACCGCACGAUCAACAUCAGGAUUCACUUCGACGUCGACGGUCUCACGCUCCCUCUGCCGCCCACUAGCCAAACCCUCUACGACGGCCGUCGGGGCAGCAACGGCACGCCGAUCUGGGAGAUGCCCAAAGCGUGGACGGUCGGUACCACCCCCGACGAGUUGAAAUAUGACACGUGGAUCACGGACGCGACGCGCAAGCUCGUUCCCGGGACAUCGAUGACACCUUUCCAUCCACUGCUAAACUCGACGCCAUUCGAUAGGAGCAUGGCUCGUUCAGUCGCCAUCGCCGUCGUUUUAGCCGCGCUGGCUGCCGUCAUUUGCGCCGCGUCAUCCGUCAGCGCAGUAACCCCCUCGCCCUCAACAGUACCAGCCCCGUCCGCGAAGGGCGCGCCGGUACCCCCGACGACGGGCGGAACAGCGCCCAAGCCAGCGCCGCCGCCGACGAAGGCGCAGCUGCGCGCCGAGCUGAAGAAGCUGUCAGCGGCGAUCACGGCGAAGUACCCCAAAUACGCCAAGUACUCGACGCAAGUCAACAAGGCCAUCAACAUCGCCCUGAACUCCAAGUACAACCUGACGGCCCUGCAGAGCGCCACGAUUCUGCUGAUGAGCGACGCGGUUGCGGACAGCCUGGCGCUGCGCUUCAAGGGCAAGAAGAUCUCCAACGACGUGGCAUACAACCUCACGGCCGUGCAGAUCGUCGCGACGCGCCUCACGCUGCCGCAGCUGCAGGCGGUGAAAAAGGGCCAGCUGCUGCCGACGCAGCUCAGCGGAGUGAGCCUCGUGAAAAUGUCCAAGGCGGGACCGAGCGUGGUGCUGGGGCAGCAGGGGCUGGCGAAGGCCACGUGGAGCACGGUGAUGGACCCCGAGAUGUACGUCGGUCCGUACUUCGUCGCGCACGGAGUUGACAACCCGCAGUUCCCCGUGGGUACCAAGCUGCCCGCGUAG